AUGGCGCCUUCAGCCACCGACCACUUGCGACAGCGCCAACUGCUGCUCUUCCAGAAACUUUUAAACCAGCGCGAUGGUGCCAGCCCCCUUACUCUCGUACUCGAUAGUCUCGAACAGCCUGCUGGACCUCUCGUAACCGAGUUUGCGCUUCGGGCAAAGAAAGCGGCCAAAGCCAAGGUCAUCUAUCUCGGUUUUUCUACUCUCAAGAGGAAUCCGCAUGCGGAUGUAUAUCUGAGUGCUAGGGGCAAGACCCCAGCUGCCGUGAGGACAGAGCUCUUGAAGCACUAUCCUGCUGUUGACUCGGGGGCCGCAAAACAAGGCACACGGCCUCAGAGGGCUAUUGUCAUCCUCGACUCUCUAAACCCUUUCAUCUCCACACACUCAGAACAACUCACCGCAUUCCUCUCAAAUAUCAUCACCCCCACCGUCUCCCUCAUCGCCAUCUACCACACUGACGUCCCCUGCGUCCUUCCCAAAACCUACAGCGAAUACGCGCCCCACCCAUUCACUGUCAUUACUCACCUCGCAACCGCCAUCCUAUCUCUUUCCAGUUUGGACCAUGAGAUCGAGCGCCAAAAGGCCCGAAACCGCAGCGUGCCAGAACCAGAGUUCGGUCUCAACGAGGGCCGCGAUGGUGUCCUCAUCGGACUACAGGAGAAGAGAACACCGAAGCAAGGCCGUGGCCUCGUCGUGGACAUGGAGAUCAGGAGGCGUAGCGGCCGCGCUGUGACGGGCAAGUUCGUCCUCAUGAUUCCUCCGGAUGUGGAGAGGAGAAAGGGGGCGCUGUCGAGUUUCUGUUUGCAGGAGAGCCAUCCUGCCUUUAAGCCUCCCGAAGACGAAGCAGGCAGUGAGGGGCAAGAGACGGAAGGGGAUGGACCAGAGAGCACAUUCAAUCUGGGGCUUACGGAGAAGCAGAGAAAGGAUCGUGAGGGGAUCGUGCUGCCUUAUUUUGAUGCGCAGACGGAGAUUGGCGGAGGGGAGGGUGGGAGGAUUCUAUACGAAAUGGGGAGGGAAGACGAUUUUGAUGAUGAGGAAGAUGAGAUAUGA